AUGUCCGCCUCAAAGCUCACAAUCCAUCAACACACCGGACCCUUCCCCACCCCCUCCUCUCGUCAAAACCCCGCUCUCAGUUUCCUCGAAAACUACGUCAAUAAAAUAAAUUCCGCAUCCUACACCGGUACCUAUCUUCCUUAUUACCAUCCACGUAGUAUCUUUCACGACACUACUGGGGUUGAUUACAUCGGCGGCGCCGUUAUAUGGAAAUGGAUUCAGGGUUUAUUCGGAGGUGACAUCUUCUCUAAGAUAGAUAUGGAGAGUAAGGAGUUUUUUGUAAUCGGAGGUUUAAAUGAAGAAACAACGGGUCCAGCAGGAAAAGGGGAAUGGAAAAUAUAUGGAGAGUGGAUAGCGCAUUGGUGGGUGAAGAGCACAGGGGAGAAAAUCAGUGUACCGAGGAGUAUGGUGUUUACGUUGGUGAAAGCUGAGAGCGAGGGAACGGGAAAGAAUCUGGAUGCUAAUGGAGAGGUGGUAGAAGAGGUGGGGUUUGAGGGGUUACAGAUUGGUGAUGUGAGAUUAUAUUACGAUCGCAGUUUGUUGAAGGGAGUGUUCAAAAUCAGUGAGCAGGAGAUAGACAAAUUUGGUGCUUGA